AUGGCGAGCCAGCGACAUACACCAGGGCCUGGCCAAGGACUCACAUCCACAGCCAAAGGAGGUACCAACACUGCGCUUGCCAUUUCUGAACACUCGAGAGCAGCUGGCAUUGGAGCUGAAACCAUCGACGACUUUUUGGACCGGCAACCUCGAUCCGUGCUCAUCCGUCUCUACCAGAAACCAGCAUCCUGUCUCGCUAUCUUCCGACUGCUCCCCAUGAUGGCGCGCCAGCUCAUCAUGCACAUGCUCUUUCUGGAUGUUCCGCUGGCAGCAGACGACUUCUUGGCGUGGAUCAAAAAGGAGGUAAAAAAUGAGUUUGAUGCUGCUGUCGACAAGCUCUCCCGUCUGUCCAUCAUACAGCUCAAGGCAUCGGCGGGCAAGCAGAUGCUACUGCUCAAUGCCGGCUUCACUGAAGGAAUGCGAAGAGCCUUGACGGGCGGAGGAAAACAUCGAUCUUUUGGUGUACCCUGUGAUACAGAAGACAAGAAUGCGGUGGAUGUGGCUUUUCUGGAUCAGUAUGCUCGCACAAAGUGGGAAACGAUUCUCCAUUACAUGGUUGGCAGCGAUAACUCGAGCACUCCUCGUGAGCCCGUGCUCUACCUUUUACGUAGAAGCAAUCUCAUGCAGCCUAGAACCGCCUCGAGCUCGAAUGGAGGACUCAACAUCACUAGCCGUGGAUUCCAGUUUUUGUUAGAAGACGUCAACACACAGCUGUGGGAUUUGCUCUUGCAAUACCUCGAUAUGGCCGAGGAGCGAAACAUGGAUCUGGUCGAGGUGCUCGCCUUUCUCUUCAUGCUGGGCAGCUUGGAGCUCGGCAGAGAUUACUCGACAGAGGAGUUGCCCGAAACACAGCUGCACAUGCUCGAAGAUUUCCGCGACUACGGUCUUGUCUAUCAACGCAAAGCGUCGAGCCGACGCUUUUACCCUACACGCCUUGCCACCACCCUCACUUCGUCCGCUGCUGUACCUCUGCUGUCGAGCAACGGAACAGAGCAGGAAGAACGAGGCUACAUCAUCCUCGAGACCAACUACCGCCUUUACGCGUAUACUUCGAACCCGCUCCGAGUCGCAGUGCUGUCGCUGUUUGUUACCAUCAAGGCCAGGUUCCCGAAUUUGGUCGUUGGAUCCAUUACGCGUGAUUCGGUCAAGUCGGCCCUGGCAAACGGCAUCACCGCCGAACAGAUCAUCACGUAUCUCACGCAUCACGCACACCUCCAGAUGCAUCGUAACGAUCCUCUACUUCCUGUCACCGUGUCGGAUCAGAUCAGAUUAUGGGAGCGCGAAAAGAACCGAGUCCAGCAAAACUUGGGUUCGCUCUUCACCGACUUUACAAGUCAAUUCGACUUUGAAGAGGUGCGCAACUACGCCAAGCAGCUCGGUGUGCUGGUAUGGCAGGAUGAGGAGAAGAGAAGAUUCUUCGUGGACGAAGCGGGCAACGAACCUGUGCGAGACUAUAUUCGAAGAAGAAGAGCGUAG